AGACAGAAGAGUGUAUGUGUAUGCAUGCUGAAGAUCUGGAAUACUGAAAGAGACAUGCAGGCUCUGAGGGGAGUCCAGUCUUUGGGUUACCUCUGCCUCCUCUUGAUAUUAGGGGAGCUAGUUCCCCCUAGUACUGCUCAGUUAUGGUGGCCCUUUAGUGAAACUAAGGACACCAAAACUACAACAGCUGUGAUGCCUACAACCUCCAAAGGUAUGGAAGCUGAUGUGGUGCAGCUUUCUGAGAAGACAGUAGCUGUGAGCACAUCUCCUCCUUGGAAUACACCUGAGACAUUUGUGGAGGAGGCAUCCCCAUCUGAAAAAACACUAGACCUGGCCAUGUCAGCUGAUAGCAGGACAGGAGCACCGCCUGACGUCACCUUUCCCUUCUCAUCAGUCUUUGAGGGAAGUGCUGGGGAAGAAGAAGAGGGUGAAUUCCUACAAUUUCAGAAAGUCUCAAAUCCCUCGACUCCUUCAGUUCACCAAUCCACGAGUAGAGGAGACUCAGUGGCAAAACAGAUACAAAGUGAAGCUGAAAGAUCACUGGAUCUUAUAGUGACUUCUGAGGGAGAGCUGCAUAAUGUUAAAGUGGAACCUGAGGAGACCUCAUCAACCCUUCCUGCCAAGACGGCUGCUGCCUCCAUUCACUGGACCUCAGAACACUUGCCAAUAUCAGCUCACCAAUCCACAGUCAGAGAGGAGUCUGAGGCAAAACAGAUGACUAACAUUUCACAGUGUGUCUGUCCAGCAGUGCCUGGCCCUCGUGGUCCUAAGGGAGACAAGGGGGACCCUGGCCCACCAGGCCAAAGGGGACUACCUGGGGAAAUUGGACAGACAGGCAGCCCUGGCCAUCCAGGGCCAGCAGGGCCUCCAGGGCCUCCAGGACUACCAGGCUCACCCCUUCCAGGAACACCAGGCUGUACUGGUACCAGCAACGGAGAUGGCAGGUCUGAGGGAGCCACCAUGCUUGUUGAAGGCCCCCCUGGACCACAGGGUUUGCCUGGCCACCCAGGCCCUCCUGGAGCUCAGGGAUACCCAGGACCAGAAGGCCCUCAAGGACCUCCUGGUAUCCCAGGGCAUGAAGGCCAACCAGGAGCACCAGGUCUUCCUGGUUCCCCAGGCCAACCAGGACCACCAGGGUCCUCUGGAUCACCAGGUAUGCCAGGGCCAGAAGGGCCAGAGGGGUCUCCAGGAGCCAUGGGCCCCGAAGGACAUCCAGGGCUUCCAGGCCCCGCAGGGCCACCAGGACCCUCAGGCUUUCCUGGGCAAGAAGGUCCUUCAGGACGAGAAGGGCCUCCAGGCCAGGAUGGGCCAAAGGGUGAAAAGGGUGAGACUGGCCUACAAGGCAAUCCAGGACUAGUUGGAGAAAAAGGGUCUCGUGGUUCACCUGGUCCCAUGGGACCCCCUGGCCUACCUGGAGAAAAUCAGUGCAAUACUCACUCAAGACUUCUUGGGCCUCCAGGACCUAAGGGUGAAAAAGGGGACCCAGGAGAACUGGAUUGCCAUAGCUGCUGUGGAGAAGGCAGAACUGAUACACAUUUCCCUGGCUUCCCUGGCUCAUCUGACUCCUGGGUGCCUUUUAACUACCAUGAGAACGGCAAAGGAAACACAGAGUUAUAUGGUGCAGUUCUCAAACAUGGUCCUCCAGGUCCCCCAGGAAGUCCUGGCCUGCCUGGCCCCCCUGGCCCUCCUGGACCACCAGGUGUCCUUUACCUCAAUAGAGUGUAUCCUGUCCCACCAAGGCCUCAUUGCAAGCAGUCGGUGUCCCAGGACCCAGCUGUGGAUUCAGAUGAUACUGAGCAACUUCUGAGAGAUUCUUCUAUUGUAAACCAGUAUGGAGUUAAGCGCACCUCCUGGAUUUUCAAGUCAAAAGAACUGAUGUUCAAAUCUGCCUCUUCUGUUCCUGAAGGCAGCUUGGUCUAUGUCAGCGAAGAGAGUGAAGCUUUCUUCCGGACCCCCAAGGGAUGGAGCAAGCUUCUGUUAGAGGAUUCGGAGACUUAUUUGGCUGGAGAUGACCCUUCAGUGUCUACAGAGAGAAAUCAGGCCCAAAGCGAUGAAAGCCAAGCAGCAGUCCAGAGUGCACCAACCAAGAUCUCCCAUAGGAUACCUUCAAUCCGUCUAGUGGCACUCAACACCCCUCUCACUGGUGCCAUGAAUGGGAUUGCCGGCAUUGACCUGCAGUGCUAUCGGCAGUCACAGGAGGCAAAGCUACAUGGAACCUUCCGGGCCUUCCUGUCUUCAUCCACUCAAAGCCUAGCCUCAAUUGUGAAAAGAACUGACAGGGGUCUGCCUAUUGUCAAUCUUAAGGGCCAACUAUUGGCAAAGAGCUGGAAUUCUCUCUUCAGUAAAGAUGGCACUUAUAACUUCAAUACCAUGAGGUUCCCCAUCUACACCUUCAGUGGGCGCAAUGUCAUGAUGGAUUCUACAUGGAAAUACAAGUCAGCUUGGCAUGGCAUUAAACAACGGGGAGGCCAGUCACCAAAGCAAGACUGUCAGGACUGGAGAACAGCAUCCAGCCUGGCAGAAGGAUUUGCCUCACCUCCAGCUGCAGGCAAGUUCCUCACAGAGGACAGGCGUAGCUGUUCGGAUUCCCUGAUUGUUCUGUGUGUAGAAAAUACCUUCUGAUAUUUACAUGGAUGGAGAGGACAGCAUAAGAUGGACAAGGGUCACCAGAAGGGUCUGCUUGCUGCAAGAUGAAUGAAAGAGAAACCAUACGCUAAGACAGUCAAGUGGAAAACUCAGAAACUCAUCUCUCCGCACCAUCCUGGGAACAGAUGUUUGAGAAGUGGCCUAGUUAUUAUGUGUUUGUUGUCUGAAUCACAGCAAGUUUCCUGCUGUGAAGAAAUGGCACCUCAUAGUGGCCAGGUGCAAAAUGGUGCUCCUUGUCCCUUUGGCCUCAGCGCAGAGGUAGAUCUCCUCCUGUAAAAAAGGAAAAUAUUUGCAUGUUCUUUGUAUGGCAAAAGAGGGGGGAGGCGCAAAGGGAUUAUCAGGCACAGAAAAUUUAAUGUUCAGUGCCUCAUAUAAUUUUUGCAAUAAGACCCCAAACUGACAGGGAAAGGUAAUUGUCCAGCUGCUGGCACAUUUAAAAUGUUUGCAAUCAUACAACUGUUAACUGUGUAGUUAAUCUCUAUAGCUUGGAGGCAUUGUGUACAGAUCAGCUAGGCAAACUCCUUACACAAGAAAUAUAACCUGCAUCUGUCAUAUUGAGAAUGGAGCAAGCUUGUUUUCUGCUGCUCCAGAGAUUAGGACAUGGGGCAGUGGAUUCAAACUACAAGAAAAGAGAUUCCACCUCAACCUUAGGAAGAACUUCCUGAUGGUAACAA